AGUUCGAUACACACCUUAGAAAUGGAAGAAAUCCAACAAAAUCUCUUUAUUCCCAUGGCUCUUCUCUCUCUCAUCUUGCUAUUAUCCCUUACCCGAAUCUUCCUCAAAUCAUCAAGCAACAAAAAACUGCCCCCUUCACCACCAAAACUCCCCAUAAUCGGAAAUCUCCACCAACUUGGAUCAUCCCUUCCUCACCGCGAUCUCCACUCCUUAUCCCAAAAGCACGGCCCUCUCAUGCUCCUCCACUUUGGCAGCGUCCCCGUCCUCAUCGUCUCCUCUGCCGAAUUCGCCCGUGAAAUCAUGGUGACUCAUGACACCACCUUCGCCAACCGCCCCCGCUUCAAGGCCAUGAUGAAGCUGGCCUACAGAUGCAGAGACGUCUCCCUUUCACCCUAUGGCGAAUACUGGCGGCGCCUUCGGAGCAUCCUUGUUCUCCAGCUGCUCAGCAACAAAAGGGUUCAAUCUUACAGCUCAAUCCGCGAAGAAGAAGCGGAACUUAUUGUGAAGAAGGUUCUAGAAACUUCUGGUGAUGCUCCGGUGAACUUGAGUGCGAUGUUUCAGAGGUUUAGUAAUGAUGUGAUCGGAAGAUCGGCCUUUGGCGGGAAGCUGAGCGAUUCGGAAAAUGGGAAGAAGUUUUUGGAUGCCAUGGCGGAUUUGAUGGAGCUUUUGGGGGUUAUUGAUAUAGGUGAUUUUAUACCGUGGCUUGGUUGGAUUGGACGUGUUAAUGGUGUUGAUAAGAGACUUGAUAACACUGCCAAAAAGAUUGAUCAAGUUAUGGAGAGUGUGAUUCAAGAACGGAUGCAGGAAAAGGGUGGUAAGGAAGAAAGUAGAGAAUAUUUUGUGGAUAUUUUGCUUGAUGUCUAUAAUGAUAAAACUGCUGAUGCCUGUGUUGAUAGAGAUAGCCUCAAAGCAAUAAUUUUGGAUGUAUUUGUCGGUGGAACUGAUACAAUAUCCACAGCUAUGGAAUGGACAAUGUCAGAACUCUUACGAAACCCCACACUGAUGGAGAAGUUGCAGCUAGAAGUAAGAGGAAUUGUAAAGCAAAACCAAGAGAUAACCGAUGAUGAUCUACGAAAAAUGCAUUACUUAAAGGCUGUGAUCAAGGAAGCUAUGCGUUUACAUCCACCAGUCCCGCUACUUGUGCCUAGGCUUGCAAGCAAAGAUGUGCAAGUGAAAGAUUUCGACAUUUCUGCAGGAACAAUUGUGAUGAUAAAUGCGUGGGCUAUAGGGAGGGAUCCCGUCUCAUGGGGCGAACCAGAAACGUUUAUGCCCGAGAGAUUCUUGAAUUCUUCAAUAGACUUCAAGGGCCUAGAUUUCGAGCUAAUUCCAUUUGGGGGUGGACGAAGAGGCUGCCCUGGGAUCACAUUGGCUUCUGUCGGGAUGGAGCUUCUUUUAGCUGACCUGGUUCGGAAAUUCGACUGGAAAUUGGGUAAAGGUGUUGAACCGAAAGAUUUGGACAUGAGAGAGAGUCCCGGGAUGACGGUCCAUAGAGUCGUUCCUCUUGUUGCACUUGCAUCUCCUGCUACAUGAUUUGGAACUAUCAUUGAUUGUAGUUGCAAUGAAGUUUCAAAUAAUACUGCAUGUAUACAUAUAUAUGUAGAUUUUAAGCAUUCACAAGUUUUAUGUGGUUUUUGUUGAGGGCAUGCAAUGUUUGUAAGUUAAAGAAUAAAAGCACUCUAUGAGUAUGAGAUAUAUCUGGCUUUUUCCCA